AUGGCUGAUAAGCUAUCCGUGAGUGAUAGUGCAACUAAAAUUUAUCAAGCUGCUCGUGACGGUUCUUCUGUUCUGACCGAUCUUUUAAAGCGGCUGAAAACUGAACAAAGAAAAACCGCUUUGGAAACAAAAACUAAAGAUGGCAGCCAUUUCGUCACUCCUCUCAUCAUCGCUGCUCAUAAUGGACACCUGAAUUCUGUGAAGAUUCUUCUGGGAUAUGGAGCAGACAGCGAGGAUCGAGGAACGCUUAAGAUAGGGGACGAAGUUGUAGAGGGCUGUACACCUUUGUGGGGCGCUGCUGUUACUGGUCAUCUUGAUGUUCUGAGACUGUUAAUCGAACGAAAUGCAGACGUUGACGGCAGAACAUCGACGGGGUCGACUCCAUUAAGGGCUGCUGCCUUCAAAGGACACCUUGACAUUGUGAGAUGUUUGGUUGAGAGCGGGGCAGAUGUGAAUGCACGCAAUGACUGUGAGUCCACCCCUCUAAUGGCAGCAUGCUACUGGGGCCACUUAAGUGUUGUUACUUAUCUUAUUGACAAAGGCGCCUUUAUGGAUCUGCAAUACAAAGAUGCCGGCAACACUGCACUUCACGACGCUGUUAAAAGGGGUUACUUGGAGAUGGUCAGUCAACUUUUGGCUCGUGGAGCAUCACAACUGCCAAAUAAUCAAGGUUUAACACCACUUCUCUAUGCCUGUGAUUUACGUUCCACUGAAAUCGUGGAGUAUCUUAUCAACAGACCGGAAUGUACAAAGAAACAGAGAAUUAAUGCUCUUGAACUUCUUGGUGCCACCAUUGCUAAUUAUAAAUCUCGUGACAUUAAUAAAGCCUUUAGUUACAUGAAACGUGGAAUGGAGAUGAGAUAUGAAGACCUGGCACAUCCAUUGCAUAAAAAGAAAAUGGAACCUGUGGAAGCUUACCAAAAUAGAAAAGAGAGUCAAACUCUUGAGGAACUUUCUCUGUUAGAAGGUGAUGAUCUUGCUAUCGGCAUGGAAGGACUAAUAAUCAGAGAGAGAAUCCUUGGGCCUGACAAUCCAGCAGUUCUUUACAACAUCAGAUACCGGGGAGCUCUUUUAGUUGACUUAUACAAGGAGUACGAGCUUUGUAUUGGUUUGUGGCAACGACGCAUGGAGAAAGCCAUAAACUGCGAUUUUCCGAUAAUAAAAGAUCUUGAACUCCUCUCGGCUUUAUUCGGAGAAAUGUUACAAAAAGGUAAAAUUUUAAGACCAAAUUUCAUCGAAGAUGUGUUUGAAAUACUGGUUGCUGCAAGUGAGAAACAAACCGAAAAACGUAUGUCUAAAGAUUUACAAGAGCGGCAGCAAAACGAGGAGCUAGAAAAAACGCUUUACCUUGCUCUCUAUCUUUUGGUAAUAUACAUUAAAGUUAAAGGUCAAAACGCCAACAUGAUUGACUUUCUUCAAAAGUUCCUGCUUUUAAACCCUCGAACCAAUGAUGGAAAUACUCUACUACACUUAGCUGCAUGGCAUGAAACCCCAAUUUUUUUAAAUGCUGAUCAGGAAGGAGAAGACACGCUCCAAAGUGUGUGCAAGCUUCCCUGCGUUGAGACCAUGAAGCUUAUUUUACAUGCAGGGUGUGAUGUAAAUGCCUUUAACUCCGAGGGAAACACACCUCUCCAUCUAGCUGUGAAGUUCAAACCUGCUGACCCUGAAGAAGUCGAGAUUUUGAGAGAAAUGCUGCUGUUUUUGUUAGAUAUGGGUGCAGAUCCAAAGCUAGAAAACAAAAAUGGUCACACACCACUGCACAUCUGUGAAUCUGACGAAGCUCGUAGGAUCUUGUCCGAGAAAGGAAGACUGAGUGCGAUGAACGUCGAAGUCGGAGAUGUAAGAAAUUUUUAAACGUUAACAUAUUAUAAUUCCCUGAAAUCAUCACAGUAAACUUAAUGUCACGAAAUGAGAGAGUGCUUACUUCCGUGUCCUAGGUUGUGUUUAUCAUAUUACGUCACGCUAAUGAAUGCCCUUCUCUAUCUGAACUCCUGGAACAGGUUUACUAAAUCGUCUCUUUUCGAAUGCAACAAUUUAUCGCAAUGCAGCUGUUUUAGCCAAAAAGGAUGUCUGAAAGUGGCAUGUACAGGCGGCAGGCUCUCAGAGGAAGCUACGGUGUGAGCGAGCGCCAGUGUUAGUUACUGACUUAAGAACUGUUAUGAACCGUUCGAUAUUUGUUCGCAAAAAAGAAAUAAAAGUAUCUCAGAUAGAAAGUUCGAAGCACAAAUUAAACCGAGAGGCGUCAGGGUAAUACUAUCAAUUGACGAUCUUUCGAUUGGAAGUAACUUGUAAAACAGUAAGUCCACUCACACAUUUUUGUGAAUCUCUUUCGCCGUAGGGCUGUUUAGUUACUGCAUUUGGCCUCAGUGAAUAAUUUGUCAGCAUGUGUUCAAACGACUUCUUUCCUCUUCACACGACCUGCUAUAAUUGAAUUUCCACGCGUACGACUAGUUAGGAAAAUAUACCGGCAUACGGUCUAAAAGCUGAUGGCAUUUUUCUGUCACAUGAAACUCACUCUCUAGCGUGUUUAGUGACGAGCAUUUAUUAGGCCUUGAAAAGCUUGAAAGCCCAUCAGUCAAAGUAUUUAAAAAAAUUAUAUUAAUUUCAAAGCUGUCAUUGCCAGGUUAAAGGGAAGGGAAAGGGCAUUUUGCUACUUCCCUCUUCCAUUUUUUCCCUCGCCGUCUCCUCGCGAAUUUUUAACCCUAUAGUUUGCACCAAAUAGACAUCCUGUUUAAAGACUACAUACGUGGCGUUUUCGUUACGGAUUCAUGAUAGAUCGUGGUUUUGAAUACAAGAAAGUUUAGGGAUGUAGUGCAUUAAUCGUACUUAAUAGCUUUGGUAUCCUCUGAUUGGACAUGUCUUUUCCAUUUUCACAAAGGCUGGAAAAAUCGGAAGUGGAACUGGCAAGAGAAAAGGAGGAGGAGGAUUUGUUCCUGGAACAGGAAAAGACCUUAAUGAAAACACUCAGAAGGAGACUGAAACAAAGGAGACUUCAGGUAGGAGAAUCUAA